AUGGAGAGCGAGAAGCUGACGUAUGGCGACGUGGUGUGUCUGGGAUGCAUGGAUCUGCACGGGUACCUGACGGGGUCAGGCCUCGUGGACGAGCGAGUGCGAUGCGAGAUUCUGGACGAUAACGUGGACGUCCCACCUUGCCUCGAUAACGCCAAGUUUGAAGUGCGCAUCAAGUACCAGUACUCGCUGUGGAACACCAAGGACGACGCGCACGGCAGCAGCGUCGCCCGCCCGGGCCACAUUCCACCCAAGGAGGGGGAAGGUGCCAGUAAAGCAGAGCAGGCGUUUAACAAUGGUACGCAACAAGCUCAUAUCCUUUCCAUCCUCUACUUCUUCAACAGUGCCUUGCUGCUCUCGCUCCCUGCAUUCCAGUCCACAUUCCACUGCAGUCUAUCUCCCAUCGUCAUGCGCUCCUUUGCACGCCACACCUUUCACUCACCUACCCUUCCCUGCCCCCCUUUCCUGCCCCCCUCCAUAUCUCCCGUCCUGUGCCUCCCAGUGCUGUACGGGCAGGUGGUGCAGCUGCUGCACGUGUCCAGCCACAAGUUCCUCACUGUCAAGCGCACCCAGUCCGAGCUCGAAAAGUCCCACCUCAAGGUGGUGCUGCAGAAAGGUGGAGACAUGGGCUCCUGGUUCUGUGUCACUCCAACCUACAAGAUCAAGGUGAACGCAGGGCCUGAGAUGGCGGGGUGGCGCAUCAUCCCGUUCGCCCUGCACGAGUCUCGCAUCCCCAAUGCACGGCAGCUGCUCAAGGGAGGAGAUGCCGUCAUGCUCAUCCACAGGGCGAGUGAGAUGAAUCUGGUGUGCGAUGAGGGCAAAGUCGUCUUUGAAGCCCGCAAGCAGGAUGGGGGUCCGAGCUCCAACGCGCUAUGGAUGGUGCAGCCCACGUGUGUGGAGUGGGGAGGCCGCCCUCUGCCCUAUGACCAGGGCUUCACGCUGCGCCAUCUGGCAUCGGGCUUGUUCCUGGAGUCCAAGCGCCAGCCGCAGAGCUCUCAGGACCUCCGCCUUGACGACUUCAGGCACGGCUAUGAUAAGUCUGCCGUGCUCUAUCAGUCGCUGCUGCGCUGCCAGGUGCUUGACUCACGCCCCUCUGCUCCUAAUUCUUCUCACUGUGCUCUCCCCUCUGUCACCAUCACAUCACGCCAGACACCUAUGCUUCAUCUCCAUGCGUAUCUGCACAUGCUCUCUUUCCCUCCCUACACUAUCUGUUUCGCUGUCUCAUCUGCCAUAUCUCAUUUCUUCUUCCCCACCUUCCCGCUCCUCCCAUCCCCUGUCCCCCAGGGCGUGCACGGGUAUGUGUCAGGGGGGCUGGGCGAGUACUCAAUAUCAGCAGGGGACUCGUCAAGCCGUGCGCUGCUGGCGCAGCUGGACUCGCUGUACGAGCGCAAGUCAGCAGGCCUCACCCAGUCCUGGGACCAGAAGGACGCACUGGUCUUUGAGGUCGCUUCACACCAAGCAGUCAAGCUCACAUGCACGGUAAGCCAUCUCACCCACCCACUCACUGCACUGCCAUCCCAUCCACCUACCCCAUGCCACCCUGCAUCCUCCCCACCCCAUACCAUACUGUUCAUCCCCAUGCCAUGCCCAUCCAUUGAUUCUCCAUCGCAUGCAGAACUAGCCAUGCCCUGUUGCAUUCCUUCGACUCACAUAUCUGCGCCUCCGUCCCACGCACCACUCGCGCCAUGCUCACAGCAAGCGCACUCGGCGGCGUGUGUGCGCAACUUCGUAGCAGCGCUAGACAGAGUGGACGACAUCGAGCCCUGCGCGGACGACUACCAGCUCAAGAAAAGGUGCCACGUGCUCUCCGCCCGCUGCCCACUGUUUUGCUUGUGGGCAAUGGUGCUGUGGACCUACGGGGGUGGUAUGGUACGCCCGGCAGUGUCGGAGCAGUUGGAGCGGUUGAUUCGCGCGCUGGUGGUGUCUGACAUGCCUGAUGUGCUCAACCUCAGAGGCCCUCCCAACCAAGUCUACCAGGUACUCCAGCGGGAGCAGAAGGUACUAACAGGCGUGAUGACCAUCCUCGAAACCCUCCUCAUCCGCAAGGGCCUUCCCCAGAACAGCAUCAUGCACCCACACCUGUUCGGCGGCUUCGACGUGCGCCGUCUCUGCAAGCUCGUGAACCGCUACCUGCAGGCGGCGUGCCGGCGGUGCCGGCCGAAUCAAGACCAGCUGGCGCCGUACAUCCCGCUGCUGGAGCAGCUCGUGGGGAACGAGAUCUACACGUCUGGGACUCUCAUGGCCAUCGUGGCUGAUAAUGAACACAUCAUCUCGUCCGUGACCGUGGAGAAUAUCCGGCAGCGCAUCAUAAACUGCCGCACGUUCCAGCGGCCGCGGGACAUCCGCUUCCUGAACAUCAUCUGCAGCUGUGGGGGAGCGCCCGUGCGCACGAACCAGAACGUGGUGGUGGACAUUCUCAAGGAGAACAGCGACGUGCUCGUCAAGGCGCGCGUCGCGCCCUCUGAGAACGGCGUGGGCGAGGAGACGCUGCUGCUGGAGCGCGACGGGCUCGUGGUGGACUGUGGCGCGCUUGAGAGUCUGGAUAAGCUCGGCGCGCACUCCGACUCUAUUCACCGCUCGCCGCAAGAGGUGCUGUUUCUGUUCUACGUGGUUACACUGGAGCUGUUCUGCACGCUGUGCAUGCAGCGCAACCGCAAGGCGAUAGACUGGCUGAUAGAGGACAGCGACCUGUACGGGCUGGACUACCACACGCUGCGCAUGGUCGUCUUCAACCCCUCGCUGCCCUUCUUCCUGCGCACCAACUGCUGCCGCCUCCUCACACACCUCUACAUUGACCGGGAGCCCUUUGAGGAGCGCUCCUACACGCGUUUUGUGCUCACCUGGCCGGCCAUAGACAACCGUCAACCAUUCCCGGAGGAAGAAUCAUCAGAGGAGGACGACGUGUCACAAGCCAUGGCAGACCCGUUCCUGGCCUUCCCUCACAAGGCACCGGAGCCGGGCUUCACAGCGCUCAAGCACAACAUCCUCGACUUCCUGCCCUCCACCACGCUCGCUCAGACCAACUCCCGCCCCGGCCAGAGCUCUCUGACUUUUGCCGUGCUGCAGACGGCCAGCCUGAUGCUGCGGUUUGGGCUGUUUGGGAGCUUUUCUGGGCAGGGCGAGGAGGGGAUAGCGCCCAUUGUGGACGCCGUGAUCCCGCUGCUGGAUGGCCGGUCGGAGAAGUGGGGUGGGGAUGGGGCUGCGGGCGGGGAUGCCCUGCGGUUCAAGAGCGAUCCUGAGUCAAACAUGAAUACUGUCAUGGAGGCCAAGACAGUGAUAUGCUCCAUGCUCAUGUACAUAUUCGACAUGCGCAGCAACUGGUGCAUCACCACGGCGUUCGACGCCUACUCGCGCCUGGGCGACCGUGCCACCACAGUGCCGUGGGACAUGCCCGCCAACCUCUCCCGCACCGCACAGGACCCCACCGACAUGCCUUCUCCGGCAAUCGGCGCACCUCCCUCCCCUGCAGCAACGCUCGAUGCCACUUCCACCGCGACUACCCCUGCGGCUCAGGACGUGAACGGCUCGCACUCCGCUCUUGCGCGUGCGUUAGCCGCUGUCGACGGCGCCACGAGUCCUCACGGGGAGAGAGCAGGGGGCUCGGGGGGAGCAGGCGCGGCGGGGGUGGGCGUGGGUGGGUUACCACAGUCAGGCAGCACGGGGGGGCUGGCUGCAGUGGCGCUAGCAGCCAUGGCAGCCUCAAAAGAGUCCAGCCGCAAGUCCAUGUGGCGUGGCAUGCGGCUCAAACUAGAAGCCAACAACCUCAAGACGCACGGCCGCGCCACCUUCCGCAUGUUCCCGCCCGAUGCAUCGGUGUUUGAGGGCUUGAGUGGGCAGCUGUUCAAGCGGCCGGCGCUGAGUGCACUUGUGGAGCGGGUGUCGGAGGGAGGGCUGCCGUACAUGCUAGAGGUGUUGUUGGAUCUGACGCGGUACCAGUACGCGCCACUCAAGGCGUAUGCGUUCUCGCUGAUUGAUCGCUACAUGACGGAGAAGGCGUCGCUGCUGCGCAAGAUGCUGGAGUGCCACAUCAUUGUGGAUGCGGACAUGAUGCUCGUCUACAAGCAGGUGGCUCGUGACGUGAGUGUGCUGCGCAGCCUGCAGGGCUGGCUGGGCAGUGACGACUCGCGUCUGCGAGUGGAGGUGCGGCGGCGGUGCGUGCGGCUGCUGGGGCGGUUCAAGGCCAUGUGCACGGUGGGGCCGGGGCAGAACGAAGCACAGGUGCUCAAGCACCAGACCAUCCUGCAGACUGUCGGCGCUCACCUCUGCUCCGUGGACCUGCUGCGCACGCCCUUCCGCAGAGUGGCAUCGCACGAGCCGGGAGUGAUGGACUGCAUGAGCGACAGGGGCCUGCAGGACCUCUUCUCAGCCGCCUACCAGUUCCUCGCCAUGUUCUGUGCGGGGGUGGUGAACGAGGAGCUGCAGCUAGCCCUGCACGCGCACAUGGGCGUGUUCCUGCCGCACCGGGGGCUGGCGUCGCUGAACGUGAUGGCGUUCCUGUGCGCGAUGCUCAAGGACAACUACGAGCUCUGCUCCACCGUGUCGCACGACCACCUGUGGGCCUGCAUCAAGCUCAUCCUGCGCUACGGCAAGCGUGCCACCUGGCUGCAGUUCCUCGAGACGGUGGUGCUGGUGAACGGGAAGCCGAUAGCGCGCAACCAAAUGAUGGUACUGGACAUGAUAAUCGACUACGACGACCAGAUCUCUGGCCUGCCCCACUCGCCCACGCACUGGCGCUGGCGCGAGGCUCUCAUGCGGCGCAACGAGCACGUGGCAGCGGGGGUGGACAGCCAGCUGCGCUACCACACCGCGUACGUCUCCCUCAUUGCUGCGUGCUGCUGGGGGAACAACCCUGCGAACGCGGUGAAAGUGAGCGGGCUGGUGGGGCUUGGGGACAUCAUGGCCACGCUGCUGUGGCUUGCAAGUGAGACUGCUGUGAGCGCGGACGCGGAUUCUGAGGACAUGGAUGACGCGGGGUGGGAUGAGGAGGAGCUGAUGGAAGAAGUCAAGGAGGGGGAGGAGGGAGAGGAGGACCGGAAGGGGGAUGGGGGGGAGGGUGGAGAGGAAUCGUCCGAGGUGUGGAAUUUAGAGAUCAGUUCGGAUGGGGAUACCCAAGAGGUGGACUCGUGGUCCACGGCCACAUCUGAAACCAGCUCUAUUCGCGGUGUGAAGCGGGGGGGAGGCGGUGGGAACGGCAGCGGGCGCUUGCAGGCCUCGGGAUCGUCCCAAAGGCGUCUUGAUCCCCGCAUGUCGCGCAGCUUCCCUGCUAUUCUGAGCCAGAAGGAAGCAGCUGGGGCGUCGCUGCAGGCCAAGGGAAGCCAGAGCUUCAAGGUCAGCCGGCGCGGACAGGGGAUGUUUGACGAGGCGGGGAUAUAUGUGUGGGGGGAGGACGAUGAGGAGGACAACGAGGGGUUGUGUGAGGAGGAGGAUGAGGAGGGGGUGGCGAGGACAGAGCAGGCGCGGGCCAUGUGGCGGAAGACCAACUCCAUGCGCACGUGGCAGGGCGAGGCGAGCGAGUGGGAGUGCCGGGCAAUUCCCCUAGAGGCGGUGCACGCGGUGAAGGCUGCGUAUGUGCGGCUGCUGCACCAGGCGUAUGUGACAGGACAUAGCGACCGAGCGACAGCCGAGAUCAGGGACGAGGGCAACGGCAUGUGGCCGGACGCGCGUGACUCGGAAGGUGACGGGCGCGGUGCAGCCGGGGGUAUCAGAUCGCCGCGUGCUGGAUCAGCUGGUGGUGCCAGCGAGCUGGGUGCCGGUCCAUCGAGUGCUGAGAAGGCGGCGGGGUGGCGUGGGAUGAGCGGGACGGUGGGGAUGCGGGGGCAGCCUGUAUCGCUCAUGGAGGACACAGUCACAGAGCUGCGCCUUGCAGCAGAAGAAAGCUUCGACCACGCCGCACCAGAGGGGUCAGCGCUGCACUACGUGACCACAGCCGCGCUGCCCAUGCUGUCGGCUUACUUCAAGCGGCAUUUCACGUCCCGCGCUGCCCUCCCGGACUCCCACCGGAGGGUGUUGGACGAGCUCGUGUCGGGGAUCUGGGAGCUGUGCUCGCAGCUGCCGGCGUCGCAGCAGGAGGCGUGUGUGCGGUGCGUGGAGGAGAUGAAAGCGGCGGGCGCGCUCAAGGGCACCAUGUACGACCCGCUGCUGCUGCCCUUCGCCAUGGACCGGCAAAUGUCGCGCCUCAAGUCGUCCGAGCUCGCGCGGAAAGGCGCGGUGUUCAAGAGCAACUGGGUGAACUUCUCGCGCCUGUUCUCACACACGCUGGAGAUCACAGAUCUGCACACCAUGGAAGGGUCGGGCGCUAGAGACCUCGCUCUGCUGCUCUCGCAGCAGCGCCUGGUGAUGAACUCCGUGCCGCCGUUCCAUUACUCCGACGUUGUGCGGCAGCUCACGCUGCUGCUCUCGGCGCCCAAGAUCCCCGAUGAGAUGACUCCAGACCUCAUCGUGCGCUUCCUGCGCGUGUGCAGCGCCAUGAUCUACCUAACAGAAGACACCGACACCAGAUCCGACCUCCCGGCAGGAGUUUCCGCGUCCGCAUCCUCGUCCGUGCCGACCUCUGUCUCUGCCACUGCCUCUUCGACCUCCACCACGUGGCUAGUGAGUGACGACCGCAAGCCCUUGGUAGCCAACAUCACGCACUCCCUCGGUGCUGCUGUGGGGGCCGUGCCUGCUGCCACAGGCGCUGCCGCGGGCGCUUCUGGUGCGGCAGGCGCGGGGGAGAAGCGGGAGGAGCAGGUGUCAGUAGGGCUGCUGGUGCUGCGGCCAGAGGAGAAGGCGCGGGCGAUGAGCAAGUGGGAGAUGUUUGAAGCGUCCCUUCCCGUGCGCUACUCCAAGUCGUCUCUCGACGCUCUUGACCGCGUGCAGUGCAAAUACGCGGACCUCGGCCUGGCAGAGUGCGCCGUGCGCCUCGUGAGCCACGGCAACCAGUGGGUGCAAGCCGAGGCGGUGAAGCUCGCGAUCGCACUCACAGACGAGGGAAACAGCAAGGUACAGGAUCUUAUGUACGCUGUUCUGGUGGAGGAUGGGCAGCUGUUCUUCACUGUCCAAAAGGUGCUAGCUGCUGCGUCUGCCACUAUCAAGUUUGUGCGCAAGGGGCUGGAUAAACAGGAGGCGCGCGCCAGGAAGGAGGCUGCUGGGAAGCGGCAGAUGCAGGAGAUGGCAGGGGAGGGGUUCGGGGAGGACAGAGAGGGGGCUGGGAGUGAGAGCGCCCGUGGCAGCGUGAGCGGGUUUUUCCGGGGGAGGAGUGUGCCGACGACCAUGCCUCGUGCAUCCUCUGCUAUCAGCUCAAGAGGGGGACGAGUGCAGGCUGCCGACACAUCUGCAUCGUCGGCAUCUGCUGCGUCAGCCGAAGCACCAGCAGCAGCAUCUGCAGCGGCGGGAGCGGAGGGUGGAGGGUCGGUGUUAACUCCCUCUAUGCGCUCGCGGCUCCUCCAUGCAGCGGCCAUGAUGAGACGGGCUGCUGCCACUGAGGCAGCAGGUGGGGAGGGACCCAAAGUGGUGGAGCAGCAGAAGGAAAAGGAGGGUGGGGCGGGAGGAGCGGAAGCGAGCAGUGGGGGGAAGCAAGAGGAGGCGGGAGAGGAGGUGCAGGAGGAGCGGGAGCGGGUAGGAUCGUUACGGGCCUUUACCAAGUCCAGGUCGUUGCGCAUUCCCCGGGUCACUCUAGCUGACAGCCCCAGUAUUGCUUCAGACGAUGCUCUCACAGCCCCUGCUGCUGCCAGGGCCACACCCACCGGCAGGGGCGGCAGCAAGACGCGGCAGCCGGGGCUCCCAAAGGCCAGUUCGAGGGGCAUCAGUGGCAGGAGAGAGACCGGGGAGGUGGAAUUUGGUGGAGGGUUCGCUGGGGAGUCUGGUGCUGGCGGUGGAGGUGACAGCAAGGGCGGAUCUGGCCUGCGCAUGUUCCGCCGCGCCGUGUCCUCUGUUGUGACUCGUGAACUGCCGCGCUUCUCCUCGUCUGCCGCGCACUUCCCCAUGCCCCGCACGCGCGCGUCCAUGGACGCUCAUGUCAAGGCGGGGCGGCGCGUGGAGGGCAGUGUGACGCGCGAGGAGGAUGAGGACGAGGAGGAGAGCGAGGGGCGGUUGCGGCAGGAGGAGGAGGAUGGGUUCCAGUUGUGGAACGUGGAGGAGUCGGCGAGUCACAAGGACACCACGCUGCACAAGAAGGCGUGGGUGGUGCUGUCGGGCCAUGUCACUAACGUGCUGCGCAUGCUUCAGCUGCUGUGCGAGGGGCACAACGCGCGCAUGCAGCGCUUGCUGAGAGUCCAAGAUGACACAAUGGCAGCAGGUGCUGUUGCUGGUGGUGGCGGCGGCGGCGGGGGCAUGGCGUAUGACUCGGGGCCGUGGGGCGGGGGGAGAGGCGCGGGGGGCAGCGGUGCGGGGAGCAACGGGCGCAGUGUGAACCUGCUGCAGGAGAUCAUAGUGUUCCUGGAGCAUCUGCAGCCGUCGCUCGACAAGAACCUGUCCCAGCACAACCCACUGCUUGCUCAAAUUGCUCUUCAGGCCCUGAACACACUCCUGGAGGCGAUUCAGGGUCCGUGCUUUGAGAACCAGCUGGCGCUGGUGCGGUCCAACUUCCUCUCCAUCACACAGCGCAUGAUGGCCAGCCUUACGUACCGUGACGAGCGCGUGCCCGCCCCCGACGAGCACGGGGAGGGGGGCGAGCAGCCCGUGCGGUUCAGCCCGGAAGUGAUCGCUAAAGUGCUCAGCUACACGGCGCUCGGGGAUAGACCCGCUGGCAGCCUCGACUGCCCCAUGCUUGGGCCAAAUGACCUGCGCACAUGGGUGCGCAACGGCAUCCUGUCAGUGUACCUCUCCCUGCUGGAGGAGAUCGGCAGCAACCACGAGAUCCCCAGCAAGAUGGCCGCAGUCAUUGACUUCUCAGCGCUGCUGCAGCGCUGCCGCUACGUGCGCGGCACCAUCCUCAACGAGUUUGACGCCUUCUCCUCCACGGCAGCCCGCAGGUUCCGCGGCCGCUCCACGCUCUCGCUUUCUGAGAUGCUCGAAGCCACUGGACUUGCUGCUGUUGCCGCCGCUGCUGGUGCUGGUAGUGGUGGUGGUGCUGGUGGUGGGAAUUCCGCUGCCGGUGGCAGCAAAUGGGGGGGUACUGGUGCUGCGGCAGCGCCCGGGGGAAGCAACAGCGGCAGCGGCAGUGGCGUCGGUGGCAGCAGCAGCGGCGGGAGUGGUGGUGCUGGUGCGGGUAGCAGCGGAGGUGGGAUGGGCGAGGGAGGGGACAGGGCAGCAGGCAGUGGGGGUGAGCAGGAGGGUGCAUCACGGCAGGAAGGGUCGAAGCUGCCGCUGUGGAUGACGUUCAAUUCAGAUGCUCUGAACCACCUGCUGCCAUCCGAAGUGCUCAACUCUCUCAUGAUCAUGAUCAAGCUAGACGAUUUCGACCGUUGGAUGUUCGCUAGUAGCGAAGCCAGCAACGCCAGCAGCAGCAGCAGCGCUGCGCUGGCAGCGCGCGAUUGGUCAGGCGCGGGCGGGCGCAGAGCGAUGUUUGCGACGUGCACGUACUCGAUUCUCAAGUGCGACAAGCCGCAGCGGUGCGGCACGCUGUGCUUCGGCCACACGCUGGCUGUGAGCGACUCAGAGCUGCAGAACUUUUUCUCGCACUCGUCGUGUGCCAUUGAGGUGGUGCGCGAGGGGCAGCUGGAGAAGGUCUACUUCCCUCUCACGGCCGAGUGCCGCCGCCUGUCACGCGACCCCGUGUGGACCAUGGCAGCAUUGGAGGAGCUGUAUGACGUGCCCCGGGAAAACCCCAUCCAGAAGGUGCAGCACUUCAUGCGGGCGGCGCGAGUGCUGGUGCUGAAGUUACAGCACUACGAGCGCAUGCGGCACCGGCACCCGUGGGCGGGCUGGCUGCAGGACAUGCUGCCGCAGAUCAAGCGCCUGCCCUUCUACACCUCCAUCCUCAUUGUCACGCUCAUAGUCUUCAGCUACGGGCAGACCAUGCAGCCCUGGGCGCACUAUGCCUUUGCGCUCGCGCUCAUUCGCGUGCUGGGGCUGCUGCAGCUGCUGGUGACGAGCCUGGCGCUUGUGGGAUUCAUCUGGCUCGAGUCGCCGCUGCUUGUUUUGAAGGAUGUUGCUGGGGAUGAGCGAGAGGCCGAUAUCUCAGAGCGCAUGACUCGGGGCGAUGGGGCAGCAGUGGAUGCAGGGGAGGCAGGUCUGGACCAGCGGCUGAACGAGUCCAUGGACCUGCGAGGCGUGCCCAAGUCACUGCUCUUCCGCAACCUCGACUUUUGGUACUCCGUGCUCAUGGUCGUCGCCAGUGUGUUGGGGCUAUCAGUAUCGCCCUUCUUCUUCGUCUUCCACCUGCUCGACUUUAUCAUCUACCAUCCCUCGGGCGCCAUUGUGCUCAAGUCCGCGUAUGUGGGUGGCCCUUUACUAAUCCGCACGGGCCUCGUGGGCAUCCUCGUGAUCUUCAUGUACUCAAUCGUCUCCUUCCUCGCAUUUGCCGGUCACGACGACUUUGCCUGCACCACGCUCUACGAGUGCAUAGGGCUGCACCUCGUGAAUGCCAUAGCGAGCAGCAGCAUUGGCGGGCUGUGGCAGGCGUGGGACACGGUGCCCACGUCGGUGGUGACGGAUGUGUGGCGGCAGCUGCGCACCGUGUUCAUUGUGUCCUUCCUCAUCGUCUGGGUCUUCCUGCUGCAGAACAUCUUCACUGGACAGAUUGUCGAUGCCUUCACCUCCAUUCGAGAUGAGAAAGCAGCCAAGGAAAAGGACCUCG